UGCCUAACUGCAGCUACUCACCAAAGGGAUGUGUACAGUUCCUGAAGUUGACAUGUUCCAUUCCCCUCCUGCAAGCGAAAUCUUUUGUUCUUUAACCAAAAUCUAUCUUUUAAAAUUGAUGCGUGCUCAUUUUCUCAGAAUCUUGUGAUAACGAAGCAUUUAUAUCUAAAGCAGCAUUUGAUUCAGUCAGCCGGGGCUUCUGAUCCUGGCUGAAGCAUCAAAGGGUCAAGGCAGACACCCACGAAGGCAACCAACAAGAGUAAGAAAAGACAGACAGGGCUUGCCCCCUUUUCAUGACAGUGGCUUCCAUAUUCAGGCUAUAAAGAACAAGAACUCAAGAAAAUGUAUGGAUUUUACAACACCAACAAAUGCUACUUAAUCGUUGUCAAGCUGCUGGUUUGCAUUCUUCUUCUGAUGCCUCGAAGCUUUUCACUGGUUUGUCCUUCUGUUUGUCAGCGUUGUUCAAGGACUCUGGUUCGAUGCUGCAAUUUAGGUUUAACAUCGGUUCCUCAAAAGUUCGCAAAGACCACUUCACUGAUUUGCCUUAGCAGAAAUAAUAUUUCUAUUGUAACAUCUAAGGAUUUAAAAGGAUGUAACAGACUGUUAGCACUUUUCCUUGAUAGUAACAGUCUCAUCUAUAUACAUCCUCAAGCUUUUACUAGUCUCAUCAACUUGUACUACCUUUAUUUGAACAAUAAUCAGAUACAGCACUUCAGUCCAGGGACUUUUGGAGGCCUUUCAAAACUUCGAUUUUUACACCUACAACAUAAUCAAAUUCUUUAUAUUUCAGGAGGAUUGUUUUCUGAUUUGACUGCCCUUCAAUUCUUGCAACUCGAAGGAAACUCCAUUAGCGUGCUCAGUGGUGGAAUGUUCAUGGGCUUGAUGAGUCUUCAUACAUUGCAUCUGGCUAACAAUAGAAUUUCAUGGAUAUCUAAUUCCUCAUUCAGACAGCUCACACGACUGGAAUUGCUCAAUCUGCAGGGCAACUGCUUGACAUGGAUCCCAUCAAAUACUUUCUUUCAGCUUAAGGUCCUUAAAAGGCUUGACUUAUCCAAUAACCCAAUAAAGUUAAUCCAUCCUUAUUCAUUCAAUGGACUAGGGAGUCUCAAAUAUCUUUACCUCAGUAAUGCCAAAAUAAAAGCCAUAGCAAAAGGUGGCUUUUCUGCACUGAAGAACUUAAUACAUUUAGCUCUAAAUAACAAUAGCAUAAUUCAUGUUAAUUCUGAUGUUUUUAAAAUAUUGCAUCUAGCUUAUUUGCGGCUUGACCAUAACAAUAUAUCCUUUAUUGAACCAGCUGCUUUUGAAGGAAUGGCAGCAACUUUAAAAGUCCUACACUUGGCCAAUAAUCAUCUUAAAAAUUUGCAUCCUGAGGUCCUGAGGCCACUGGCUUCUCUAAAUCAUUUAAUAGUGAAUGAGAAUCCUUGGGAGUGUAACUGUAAAUUGCUCAGUUUGCGUAGAUGGCUAUUGUCAUCCUCACUUAGAUUAAACAUUCGUUGUCACAGUCCAUCCCAACUACGUGGUAAGCCCUUGCACCACAUCAAUGUAAAUGAGGUCAGCAGAUGCAAUAUGACUUUGGCACCUUUGGGAGUAGAUAUUAAAAUUGGAUCUCCAACUACUAGCAUAGCGUUGACUUCAAUGACAACAAAUACCCCAAAUGUUUAUUUUAAGCUGGAGCACAAUUCCAUAGCAGUGCAAUACUUCAAAGAUGCAGUUCUUGUAGCAGAAGAAGACACUGAGCAGCUAACAAAUGCGCUAUCAGGGCAGCUACCAAUUGAACAUGCACCUGUAAACUUAACCACAUUUACAGGUUCAGGUUUGGCAUCAAUGUCGAUCAAGCCUUUAUUAACCUGUGAACAAAAUUUAGUAAAGCUGAACCAAACCUUUGAUAUACUCUUGGCCUUUUUUAUCUUGGCAUGUGUAGCAAUUUUAAUCCUGAUAUACAAAGUUCAUCAGCUGCGCCAGAAACUCAAGGAUGCUGAAGCUGGAGGAGACCAUGUUCUAGAGUAUUACAGUGUGUAUCCAUAUGCACGGUAUUAUGUGACUGACCCAGUGCAGGUUAUUCCUCCAGAACCUGUGGCAAAUCCAGAAGUGGACCAGACCAGUCUCCUAAGGAUAUCACACCCUCCUAAUCAGGCACAAGUUAUUCUUUUUGAACAUACUGUUUUAUGAUUGUGUUUAUAUCUCUGAUGUAUACUGAAUAGAAGUUUAACAUUUAACAACAAUAGCUGUUUAUGAUCAGUUAGGUGUGUUUUAAAAGUUUGCAUGUAUCAUUAAAUUACCCCUCUUGGAAACAA